CGACGGCGGCGGCGGGCCGUGCAAGCGGCCAUUUCCUCCCGCAAGUGCCCAGCGCGGAUGCUGAAGCCUCUUUCUUGCCUUUCCCGGGCGGUCCUCCUCUUGCGGCGAGAGAGCGGCGUUUCCCGCACGGCCGCGGACAUCGUGGACCCAGCCUUAACUGAUGGUGAUUCUCUGUGUCUGAUUCGUCUGGUUUGACAGAAGUUGCUGGUGCUUGCAUGCUGCUUCAUGCAGUUACACGUUCUGGGUCAUGAAACUUAAUCCACAGCAAGCUCCAUUAUAUGGUGACUGCAUAAUCACCAUAUUGCUUAGUGAAGACGACCAAGUUGGAAGUGACGAUGCCGUUUUCUACCUUGUGUUCACCGGAUCUGCUGUUCAACACUGCACCAGCAUUAGGAAGCUCGACUCCGGGACGUUGGAGACCAUUGCUCCUGGCCAUGACUGUUGUGAGACGGUGAAAGUCUCCCUCUGUGCCGCCAAGGGAGACCACCCUAUUCUGGUGGUGGCUGAGGACAGCUUGCAGUUUAUUCAAGAUGAAGCUUAUGAUGCAGCUCAGUUCCUGGCAACCUGUGCUGGCAACCAGCAAGCUCUGAACUUCACGAGAUUCCUGGACCGCUCCAGGCCACCUGCCGGAGAUGUGGAUUUUCUGGAUGAGAAAGUGACUUUGGCGUUUCGGCACCUAAAAUUGCCAACGGAGUGGAAUGUACUGGGAGCAGACGAAACUCCAAAUGAGAAUGUCCCCCGGGAGACGUUGAUACACUUCGCAGUACGGCUGGGGCUGCUACGGCUGACGUGGUUUCUGCUGCAGCAACCAGGGGGCAGAGGAGCUUUGCGUGUCCCCAACAGUGAAGGAGCCACGCCCGUGAGCCUAGCCUUGGAGAGAGGCUAUCAGAAACUGCAUCAACUCCUGACCGAAGAAGGAGCUAGCGAACCCGAUUCCUGGAGCACCUUGUCACACACGGUACAUUCCGGGGAGUACUGCGUCAAGCACCAUCGGGGGAUAAACGUUUACACUCUGACGACCGGAACGAAAGAAGGAGCGGGACCCAGCAUGGAGAGCGACAUCGUCCUGCUCCGAACACACAUACAGUGCUUGAAUGUGAGUGAGCGCCCACACCCCGGACAGGCUUGCGAAAACUGCAGUCCGGGCCCCGAAGCUGAGGGCCGUGCGGCUCCUGUGGGCUGCGAUUCGGGUGGAACGAUGACCGAAGGCGUCAAGGGAGACCUUUCUGCCCCACUCCAGAUCCUGGACCCAGCCUGCCCCGAGGACGGAGGCUGCCGACAGCUCGAGGAACUCUUAGAUAGGCCGGCGUGUUUGUUGGGGCUGGAGGAUGCCGAGAACCCAACGUCUUCCGGCAAGAGUAAAAAUAUAGCUGACAGGUUGCACAAAGAGGAAGAGGAGGAGCUCCUGCCUGGGGCCCUGCUGGGGGAGAGCGACCGCAGGCUGAGGCUGGUUGUUGAUCUCCCGGGUGCUGCUGCCGCCCCCCCGUCCUGUGGAAAUACAAACGAGGGAGCUGGAAUGACCUCCCCUGACGUUGCUCUGCAGCAAGCCGACCCGAGAGAAAGCCAGGAAGUGCCGAGUGGCGAAGCAAGAGGGGCGGGAAGCACCACUGUGCCACUCGCUUCCUGUGAACAGGACAGCGAUGUCGGGAUGGGGCAAGGCGAAUGCAAGAGCUGCACCGGGGCGGGCGAGGCUGCUGCGACAGCCCGGCCGUGUGGGGAGAACCGGGAGAGCGGUAGUCAGCCCUCGGGAACUGGGGCCGUGGAUGUCUUGCCGCCGUCGGUGGCGGUAGAUCCUGCUGCACCCGGGGAAACCGUGGAGCUACCGAGUAACGGGAACCCAGACGCUGGUCCUGCCGAGAGGGGAAGCCGCGUGCAGGCGGCGCGGGAGACUGCCGGGGACGGCGCGGAGAGCGAUUUUACAAAACGCAGAGGGGAUUGUGAGCCCCCACCAGCGGAAGGGCAGAGCACAGCUCCGAGCCCUGGGACGGAACUGGCGGUGGUAAACAUGGAGGCCGUUCCGGAGGUUUCGCCGCAGGACGGUCCUGUGGUGACGGCGAGUGACGCUAACGGGCAGCAACGGGGCGAUGGAAACGCGGACGUUGGGAGCAAGGCUUUGGGUUUGAGUGGCAGGGGGCAGAAUGCGGACUCUGGUGCCAGUCUGGAAGAAGACAGGCCAAGCCAGCCGCCUGUGGAGCCCGAGGCCUCCUGCAGCGAUGUAUCGGAGGCUGCAGCCGACGUGCAGGGCGAGCAAAACCCCACUCAGGGGAUGCCUUUGGGACCUGGAACCGCCAGCACCGAGGCAGCCAGCCCUGACCAAGGGGCCGUUGCUCCAUGCCUCGCUCGGGAACUUGGAGCUGGGAAAGACGAGCAGGGGAGCUGCGCUGUGUCAUGCCCAGGCUCGGCUGAUGCCUCUGGACCGCCUCCAUGCGCUCUCAGCCCGGUUAGAGCGGAGCCUCUCCGUCAACAGCAGAGGCCGUCAGGAAGCAGCUGCGAGCUGGACCGGUUUAGCAAAAGCGCCCAGGAGUUCAUUGCCGCGGCUUCUGCUUUGCUCGUGGAGGAAGCGAUCCAGCAGGCCCAGCUGAUCGUGGCUCAGGGGGACGAUGCCGGAGCGGCCCCUGUUGGCCAGGAGGCACCGCUGCACCUGAAGGACCGUGCCCUACCUCCGUGUGGCAAGGGCACCGGGAGCACUCCGGAUCACGUCGUGGGCACGCCCUCUGCUAUUCAUCAGGAAUCCAAACAACACCAGGAAGUAGUAGCAGCAGCAGCAGCAGAAGCAGCAGCAACAGGAGUGACUGGGGUUGCUGAACAGGGAAGCCCUGUGUUCGCAGCUGAGGCGCUUUUGCCGGUGGAUCACUGGGACACAAACAAAGAGACCAGAUCUUCCCCGCAGCUGUCUGAAAGCGGGCCGGAGCUGCCUGGCAAGGAGGAGGAGGAGGAGGAGGAGGAGCGCCUGGCAUCGAUAGCCGUUGUGCAAUCUCCUUGUUGUGAUCAGCAGCUCGGAGUGAACAAAAGCGAUGCAGGGCCUGGCUUAAAGGGGGCAGAGUCCAGCCUGGAAGCCGAUGAGAAUGUGAAGGUGGAUGUAGCCGGGCCUGACCUUCGAGGGCCUGGGCUGCCGGAGGAUGCCUCUCUGCGCGCCGGUGAGGCCCGCAGUUCUGAUGCCACACUGAGCCCAGAGCUUUUGUUCAGCCCGGCUCUGCAGGCGGCCUCUCCACCCGGUGGAGUUUCGGAUUUAAUGGAAGCCCCUCUGGUGCCCCCGGUCGCUGGCCUUCUGCAGGAAGUGGAGGAGGUGGAUAACGUGCCCCCCAGGCUCUUGCUGCAGCCAAUUGCCGAAGAGCCCCCCUGUGACGGCGACCCUGGCUCUGAAAUGUUCUUUUUGGCCAGGGAGGGUGAAACCAGGCCUGAGGCUGAAGGCGCCCGGCUGCAUGUCCUGGCUCGAUCCGAGGAGGGCAAAUGGGAGGGCAGCCCAGCUGAGCCGGAAUCCCUUUUGCUGCCCCGUCCCACUGCAGAGCAAUUGAGAACAGCGGAGGCAGACGGCUCAGUUCAAGAAUUGGGUGGUAUCGUGGUGGACAGUGUGGACAAGACAGCCAAAAACCCUGAUCUGGCUACUUCGGUGGCUGAGGCAUGUCGUCCCUUGGAGCCUCCCGCCGGAAAUCCCAUGGAAAUCUCCCCCUUACUGGAAUCCCGGGCCGAGGCCCGGCAUGCGGCGAGCGCUGGGUCCAUCCCCAACGGAGAAGCAGAUUUCAAUUUGCAACCCGACGGAUCGGGGAAGCCGGCUGCGAUCUUACAACUGGCAAGCUCUUCACCUGUUGCAGACGCUCUUGAGAUGAAAACCGAAGAGGAGGGGGAUUUUUCGCGGGACCUUUCCCAGACUGCGGCUUCCGAAGGAAUGAUCAAUCGUGAAAACUGGUGUCCCGUUGAGCCUUCUCCGGAUCCCUCGUUGUUGAAACCAAAGCGCCCUUGCAGUUCUACAGAAAGUGACAAUUUUCACGAAGUUGGAUUAAGUGACGAUGGCACGUCAUCCCAAGGCAUCCUUAAAAGGGGAUCUGGGAGCGAACCGGACCUCUUUGCUCUGCCAGGCGAUGGGAUGGAUGAAGUGGACUUUGGGAAGCCUGAAGAAGAGCAAUCGGGUGGAGACAGCACAAGUUCCAGUUCCUCAGCCGAUGAUACAAUCUCCCUGGAGAGGAACUCGUCGCUUGGGAGCGACAUCUCCUUCCCUCAGGCCCUUGGGCUCAGCAGGCCCGGGGAUCCGUACAGCCUGGAUGGCAGCUGCUUCAACACGGCAACAAGCGCGGAGGGCCAAGACGGCGAGACGGCCAUCUCGGGAGAGCUGGAAGAGGAGCUGGAUAGCAUCACGGAAGUGCCUCCUCCUCCCUCCGCCCUGAGGAACGCCAUCAGGCCGCUGUCGCCUUUCCGCCGCCAUAGCUGGGGCCCAGGGAAGAACGGCAGCACCGAGGCUGAGAUCAACCACCGGAGUUCAAUGCGAGUGCUGGGGGAUGCUGUACAGAAGCCUCCCACCCAUAGGAGAAGUUUGAGCUGGUGUCCCUCUGGUGUCCAGUGCACUGCCAUGGGUGCCGACUUUAAUGGCAGAAGUUACAGCUUAGAAGGCCUCGCCAGAGAGGCCGACGGCACUGCGAAGCCGUCCUCAGGGCUCGAGUCACCAUCGCUGCAUGACAAAGACCUCAGCCGAAGCCCCCUGGCACACGAUGAGCGGGGGUCCUUGGUCUCCCUCACUGAAGAGCUCGAACUGGAGCAAGGAGAAAUGAGAGGCUUUGACCGUCAGAUUCGCCAAAGAUCGCAGCCGCGUUUCAACUACAGCGCGAAUCCCGUUUCUCCUCCGUUGACUAAAUCCAUGUCGCUGAUGACCAUCGUCCAAGCCGGACCAGACAGUAACAGAUCAUUCAGCAGUACCAGCAGUUCGCUGACUCAGAGCAUCUGCGAAGAGGGCGGCAACUUCCUGCCUCCCAGCCCCUCCAGAAAAGACUUGGAAGGCAAAAGCGGAACGAAAGUCAGCCGCACCUUCAGCUACCUCAAGAAUAAAAUGUCCAGCGGUAAGAAGAGCAAAGAAAAGGAAAAAGACAAGGAGAAACUAAAAGAGAAAGAAAAAGACUCCAAAGACAAGGACAAGAAGAUGAUAAAUGGGCACCUCUUCAGCGCCACCCCAACGGUGGGGCCUUUCAGUUGUCAACACUGUCAGAAGCCUUUUAACAAAGACUCUUUGGCCUGUGCAAACUGUGGGGUCCUUGUCCAUAAAAGCUGUAAGGAGAACAUGGCUGCUUGUUCCAAGGUCAAACUGAAGAGAACAGGCCUUCAGCCCCAUGAUACUUCCUCAUUGCCUACAGUAAUCAUGAGAAGUAAAUCCUCUCAGCCAAAGGAAAGACCUCGAUCUGCGAUACUUGCCCCAGACGAGAACACCGUGACCUCCCUGUUCAAUAACAGGAGAUCCCAGCAGCUGCAAAACCCAGCCCUUUCGAAAAGUGUCUCGAUCCAGAACAUUGCCGGAGUCGGGAAUGACGAAAACAUGCUACACAACUGGAAGAUCCUCUCUCACUCGACAGACUCCUUGAAUAAAAUCUGCCGAGUGAAUGAAUCCAUGGAGUCCUUAACAGACGAAGGUGCAGACAUGAACGAAGGCCAGCUCAUGGGAGAUUUCGAAAUGGACUCAAAGCAGCUGGAAGCCCAGUCCUGGAGUCAAGUGGUGGACAGCAAGUUUCUCCGGCAGCAAAAGAAGGAUGUUGUGAAGCGGCAAGAUGUCAUAUAUGAACUGAUGCAAACGGAGAUGCAUCACAUCCGGACCUUGAAGAUCAUGAGUGACGUCUACAGCAGGGGGAUGGUGCAGGAGUUGCAGUACGAGCAGCAGAUGGUGGAAAAGGUCUUCCCUUGCCUGGACGACUUGUUAAACAUCCACAGCCAGUUCUUCCAGCGGAUUCUGGAGAGGAAAAAGGAGUCGCUGGCGGACAGAAGCGAGAAGAACUUCGUCAUCAAGAGGAUAGGGGACAUCCUCGUGAACCAAUUUUCCGGGGAGAACGCCGAGCGAAUGAAGAAAACCUACGGCAAGUUCUGCGGGCACCACAACGAGGCAGUCAAUUACUUCAAAGACUUGCAUUCCAAGGAGAAACGGUUCCAAGCGUUCAUCAAGAAAAAGAUGAGCAGCUCCGUGGUGAGACGCCUGGGCAUUCCCGAGUGCAUUUUGCUAGUGACACAGAGAAUCACCAAAUAUCCAGUACUGCUACAGAGAAUACUGCAGUAUACGAAAGAAAACGACAUCGAACAUCAAGACCUGGUGCUGUCGCUAAACCUGGUGAAGGAAGUCAUCACCGCCGUGAACAGCAAAGUCAGCAACUACGAGAAGAAGAUGCGCCUCAACGAAAUCUACACCCGGACGGACAGCAAGUCCAUCAUGAGGAUGAAGAGUGGGCAGAUGUUCGCCAGGGAGGACCUGAGGCGCAGGAAGUUUGUGCAGGAUGGACCCGUCUCCCUGAGAAAUGCAGCGAGUCGAUUGAAAGAGGUCCAGGCUGUUCUCCUCUCAGAUGUUCUGAUAUUCCUUCAGGAAAAGGAUCAGAAAUACGUAUUUGCAUCUCUGGAUCAAAAAUCCACCGUGAUCUCGCUGAAGAAGCUGAUUGUCCGGGAAGUGGCCCAUGAGGAGAAGGGUUUGUUCCUCAUCAGCAUGGGAGGGACAAACCCAGAGAUGGUGGAGGUGCACGCCAGCUCGAAGGAGGAGCGCAACAGCUGGAUACAAAUCAUCCAGGACACCAUCAACACGAUGGAUAAAGAAGAAGAUGAAGGAGUCCCGAGCGAAUUGGAAGAGGAAAAGCGAGUGCUGGACACCAAAGCCAGGGAACUGAAAGAACAACUCCAGCAAAAAGACCAGCAGAUCAUAACACUGCUGGAGGAGAAGGAGAAGAUUUUCCGGGACAUGACGGACUGCAGCGGGCACGAGGACAGCUUGGGGUCUAGGGCGUUGUUCCGGGCCAAUACGGAAGAGGCACCUAAAGGGGAAAGUGUGAUGAAGAGCGUGAUAAAUGAAGUUGAGCUGUUACAAGGGUUGGUGAGCAGGAGUUUGGGGAGUGCCCUGGGGCAACAGAUGAGUAGCCUGGCCUCGGAGCAGGAGGGCGUGGGGCCCAUCUCCCUCCCCAGGAGGGCAGAGACCUUCGGAGGAUUCGACAGUCACCAAAUGAAUGUGUGCAAGGGCGGGGAGAAGGAUGAAGGCGAUGACGUGCAGGAUCUUCGGCGGACGGAGUCGGACAGUGUUUUGAAGAAGGGAGGAACAGCUAACUUGAUGUUUGUGCUGAAAAGGAACAAUGAGCAAGUUCUCCAGAGCAUCACUCACCUCCACAGCUUGCUGGGCACGUUGCAGGCGGUCGUCGUGCAGCAGGACACGUACAUCGAGGACCAGAAGCGGGCCCUGAGCCGCAGCUCCACCCGGCCCAACUCCUUGAUCGAGCAGGAGAAGCAGCGCAGCCUGGAGAAGCAGCGGCAGGAGCUCAGCAACCUAAAGAAGCUGCAAGCCCAGCACCAGGAGGAGAAGAGGCGGCGGGAGAGAGAAUGGGAGGCCCGGGAGAAAGAGCUGGCAGAGCAGGAGGCUCGGCUGGCCCAGAGGGAGGAGCAGCUCCAGCAAGGGCACCACGGCCUGGAGAAGGAGCGGGGAGAGCUGCAGCAGAAGAAAGCCGCCUACCAGCUGGACCUGGAGCACCUCCGGGCAGCCCAGAAGCAGCUGGAGAAGGAGAAGGAGCAGCUGAAGAGGGACAUGGUGCAAAUCUCCCAGCCACAAAUGGAUACCAAGCUCGGCCUGCUGUCCAACCCUCCUGCCAAGUUGGCCAGGACCCCUUCCCUGCCCGUGACCGAGGACUCCUCUUCGAAGCAGCCGAGCUCUUCCGUGCCCAAGCAAGGCCACAUGGACACGGAUCUCUCCGUGUCGCCCAAAAGGAACAGCCUUUCGAGGACGCACAAAGAGAAAGGCACUUUCCACCUGAUCGGCACGACGGCCUCGAGCCAAACCAACAAGCCGGCCGAGGGGCACGGCCAGGCCCCCAACCGCCUCUUCGGCUUGGCCAAGCCAAAGGAGAAGAAGGAGAAGAAGAAGAAGGGCAAAGGGCACCGGGCACAGCAAUCCGAUGCUCACUCCCCAGAAGCGGCACCGGAAGGAGAGGAGAUUUUCUGCUGACCCCACCUCUCCCCAUCCCACACGGAUGAGACUAUUCCUUGUCUCCACCCCGUCACCCCCCCCCGCCCCCGCAGAGUGGCGUACCAUUGACGUCUCCCUCUCCUUUGCCUUGGACGGCGUUGGGCCUCCUUACCGCGAAAGCCUGCCUGCCCUCCGACAGUUCUCCGCACGUUCGCAACCGCUGAUUCUGCAUGUUUUCCUGGAAACGUGACAUUUUAAACAGUGUCUAAAAGAGGAGGAGGAGGAGGAGUUGGAGAGCUUCAGGAAGGAACCCUGGAUGUGGCCGGACUGGGCGGGCUUGGUUUUGGCUACACCCACUCCAUGUGUAAUGGUGGCUAUCAACUCGCACAGACAGAUCUUCCCUGCUUCUUCUUUCCUCUCCAAAGAUGGGGAAGAUGGGUCCCAGGGCAGCCUAAGGGAACACCACCAAAAAUAAAAAAGCCCUCUAUAGCAAAAGGAUAGGGCUCUUUUAGCAGUGUUUGUACACUGGUAUAUAUAGAUAUAUUGUGUAUAUACUUAUAUAUAUAUAUAUAUAUACAUAUAUAAAUAAAUGGAAUUGUAUAUCCUUUUCUGUACAGAAAAGCCGAGUGAGCUUAGCUCAGCCCUUAAAGGGUUAGAUGAUACCUUAUGAAGUGUUCAGGGACUGUGUUGAUAUUAAAUAUCUCUUUCCUUUUCGCUGCUCGGUUCAAAUGCUUUCGCCACCUGCACCCCCUUCAGUAUACGUUUGCAUUUCGGGAAUGGACUCAAGGCCAGGUAGUGGCAGAGCGACCAACUGCAUUACAAGAGUAAUGGAUUCUGGGUAGAGAACGUCAGGGCCAGGAGUGUAUGUAACAGGUCUCCAGGGGUGGGAUUCCCAUGCCAGGUGCAUUGUGGGAUGGUGGAGGCCAAUUCCAGGGACAUUAAUCCGGGAUUUUCUCCUUGACAGGCAAAAUGCCUGUGAAAUGGAUUAGAAAUGGUGAAGGCUCCCAAAUUGAAGUGAGUGAUGAAAGGGUCAUCUUUGAAAAAGGAAACAGAGUUACCAGAGGGCAUGCUUUAAAACCCACCUCAGGAGAGCUACAACAGGGCAAACGUUUAAAUUACAACAACUCUUAACACACUUUUGAAUUGAAUAUGAAGUACAGCCUGACUCCCUGGCAGGAGACUUCCUUUCCCACCCCAAUAUGAAGUAGUUCCCACCGGACAGCUGCUAAUGCACCAGAGACAUCCCCACGAACUUUUGCCUGAGUGAUGUCAGGCGGUGGUGGUAGAUUUUCACGUUCAAAAGAAACAACAACAACUCAAAUUCCCCUUUUCUCUUCCCUUGGCAUCUCUGACCAGGCCUAUUUAUACAUUUCCAGUUUCUCCAAAUCUCGCUUCUCUGUGCUAGGAGCCAUUUUGAAAGCCAUUUGGGGUAGUGCGAAGUGGGUGUCUGUAAGUUAGAUAGAAAAUUGUCCAUGUAAGCAGAAAUAUAUCGGUGAUGGAGGACUUCUGUCUUUCAUUUACAAGCACGUAUCCACUGAACUUCUCUGACUUUGUUCAACGUCUUGACCGAGCGUUGGUUAAGAAUUGCAAAGUUCCCUAUCUAGUUCUGUUGUCACUUUGUGGUGGCAUGCCACCACCAUUUUGAAAUGGAAAGAGCCGUCAUGAGGUCAAAAUGGCCCUCUCUGUGGUAAAAUAGCUUCUUGACACAUCCUGAAACACGUUUUUCAAGGCUUAAUGAUUAGGUUUUGUCCUUUCACAAUGCCCCUUUCAAACGUGGAUAUUGAGGGGGCGGGGCAUCACUUCAUGAUGAGUUUUCCUGCCAAGACGUAGCUGUGUGAGUCAGCUUUCCAAGGAGUUUGGCACACCAGAAUUAAUCCUUCUAGUCAUGUACACUGUAGUGUUUAAGUGGCAGAGCAAGUAUGCAAGCGUGACCAGGAAAUCUCCCUCACACACACCCUUUGGGCUAAGUUCAUAAGUAGGGCCAGCACCCAGAGCGCAAGAGGUAUGUGCUUCACCUUUCACACCUCACGGCACUCUUGGCUUUUCCCCACAUGGGUAAAGAUGUUCCCAGUUCCACAAACACUAUGUUUGAACCUGACCUUGAUGGAUGUAAAAUCGCUUUUUGGCUCUGUUUCUCCACCUGCAAAACGGAGGACUUUGAUCUCUUAAUCUGCUAAGGCUUAAACCACAUGCCGCCUUGCACUGGGAGCAAGAAGCGUGGUUUAGCAGGGAGGGAUCCAGCCCAAACAGAUGAUGAAAGAACCUUCUCUCUAGCAUUUUGUGCUAUUGCAAACAUAUGUCAUCAUUUGUGAGCCAUUCCUAUUGCAGCGAUGCCAAGGGAAGAGAAACCCCCUGCCCCAAUCGUAACAUUUUCACCGCCCGGAGAUACCUCCUAGUAGACCAGUGAAGUGAAUAGCGCUGAUCCCCUGAAGCAUUUGGAAAUUUCGUUUUCCCACCACCUCUUCAGAUUUUUAUUUUAUUAUUAUUAUUAUUAUUAUUUUUUAAAAAAGAAAGGUUUGCACUAUUGUCCCAAUGCCUUUUCCUUUUAGAGCAUUCCGGGAGCGAUUCUCAUGCAAAAUCAGCACGGAACGAGUUUCUCUGUUUGGGACCGGGGCAGAAAUAAUCAGGUCUGCCUCAACCAGCGAGAGGAUCUCCCCAGUGGCUCCGCCAAGUCUGAAUACUCUCUAAACGCUCCAUGCUCCAAAAGCCAAGCUGGGGGCAACUGCGGUGUUCUGCUUCUCCUUUCUGUUGUUUUUUUAUUAUUAUUUGAUGCUUGUUCUGGGUUUGCAAGCUGGGCUUGCUUUUAAAAACAAUUCUUUCUGUUUGUUUGAAAGAGGUCUGGAUAGAAAAGAAAAAACGUUUACUUAAGUUUUCUUUUGUUUGUUUCAUUUUGUGUUUAUUUUUAAGCUGGGCUUAUGAAGCUCAAAGUAUGUGUGUGUGUGUUUUUUAUUUCUUCUGUAAAUAUUAAAUUGAUUAUUGAUGCACCGUACUAAUGCAAAGAAAAGAAAAAAAAGAGUCUGCAGAGCAUGAAAUGCUAUCGACCACUGCUAGGGAACAACCUCUAACACCCAGCGUCUCUUAGCCAAAGCAAACGUCUUGUGACUGUAAGGCUGGAGACAGACAAUACUUUUCUCAGGGAACUGAAGGUGGAUAGAAAACGGGGUCAGUUCCCAAGGCCUAUACGCUUACCCCAAUUUUCGCUGGUGCUAAACAGGAUUUGGAAGUUUGGGUAUUUCCAAAAAUUGGAUCAGAGGGAAAAGCAAUGUGUGUAACGCACGGGAAGUUAAGCCUCUCUUGAGUCGCUUUCAAUUCUCUCCAAAAGUAUUGUUUGCCUCCAUCUUUGUUUAAGGCAACCAUCCACAAAGAAGUGUCUCUUUUCCCCCACAAGAGCACAAGGCGAACCGUUUUAAUUUUGUACCACUUGUGUCCGUGGGUCGUUGCAUGGGUGCAGGAAGACCCAAGAGACGGUGGGGAUGACGUGGAUGCCACUUGAGGUGGGAACUUCUUAGCCAAAAAUCUGCUGCCACUGACCCUUCUCUUCCCAGAGAGAAAAGGAGAUGAUUUUCCACACAAUUUUUUAAUAGAGAUUGAUGGAUUUCUGUGCAUUUAAACAAAAUCUGCAGGCAUUGGGAGUUCGUACAUGUUGAGUUCUUUUCCCGUUCAGUUAGAUUAUGGUUCAAAGUCAGCCGUGAUCAUUUCUUUCUGACGAGGACCGAAUGCACUAGCAUUAUUGAUAGAAAUGUAUUAAGUGUUCCUCUCCCUUGGAUUGCCUCUUGAAAGGUACCUCUUGCAUAUUUCUGGUUGAAAUCUAUCUUUAAAAAAAUAAACUAAAAAUAAAAGUUGUACGACAUUGGAGAGGGUAAAAAGAGAGAGAGACAGAAAGAAGAAACCUCAAUUGCUAUGUUAAUUUGUAAUUAUGUAAAAAGUUAAGUAGGUUACUGACUGUAAAAAUUUAAAGUUUCCCCCCUUUGUAAUUUGCAAAAAAGAAGACAAAAACCCAUCAGAUUUUCAUAAUAGCUUUUAUUUAUCUGCCUUUAUUGUGAGGAACAACUACUUCUCCCUCCCUUCUAAAUAAAUUUUGAUUUUAAGUCUGA